ACAGUAUUACUGUAACUCACGAAUCUGUUCAGCUUCUGCUGGACUUGUGGAUACGAUAGACCACAGAAUUCCUCGAGAAGCGCAAGUAUUUUCUCUGCAUACGGCACGCUCGUGUUGAGUGAGGACAUAUUUUUUCGCUUUUCAAAUGGCUUUUUCAGUGACAAUUAUUAUUAGCCGUUUAUCCGCGUGAUAUUGUGAUGCAUUGGCCGCGCUCGUACAUAGUGGCAUUGUUUAUAGUCCAUCAUAAAAUGAGAACAUUUUUAGACACUUGCUUGAAAGUACUCUAAGUUUAAGGAACGGCUUAAGUGAAACAUUUUUUUAAUUUGAAUACACGCUCGACGUACAAAAUGGGAAUGCUACAAGAACAACUGCGAACCUCCGCAGAGGUCUGCAUUACCGCUCCUCAAUCAUGAAUAAACAGGUGACGCGCGCAACCAGAUUAUAUACCACCGAACUGUAGCUCGGAUUCAUUUAUAGUGUAUGGCGCGUCAUUUUCAAAAAUAUCUAUCCAUAGCAUUAUUUUACUUAUUUGAGGGAUAGAUUAUGUUGUACUUUCCUUAAAAUUGUGCCCACAUGUGUAAAUUUUAUGCAAUUGUUGAACACAUGUAAAAUGCUUUUCUCGUUUAUUCCUUUACAAUGCUCCAUACAAAUCAGAAUUUAUAAACAAUGAUACAAUUAAAAAGACACUAUAUCUUUCAUGUUUGAUAUUGACUCGUACAGUUAUAAUUUAUGUUGUAUACAAUACUAAUUGGAGAAUUUUCAAAAAAAAUUUUAAAAAAGUGAAUACGCCCGAACAGGGACUCGAACCCUGGACCCUUAGAUUAAAAGUCUAAUGCUCUACCGACUGAGCUAUUCAGGCAAGUUGAAGUUUCAUGACCUCUAUAUUCUAGUGCUUUUCUCUACUUUGUAUUUAUAUAAAAAUUAUUUUAAACGUUAUUUUAAUGUAACUUUAUACAGUAUGUUUAGCACGAUUUUUUAUUUGUCAUGUUUAAAUACAGAAAUUAUGUGUGAUCUGUUAAAUAAUAUAUUUUACGUGCAUUGAAAAUUCAGUAUUUAUACUAAAUGACAUCUAUUGACAAUGAACUCAGAGUGCAAGUUCAACUACAUGCAAAUAUCUUGCAUAAAAUAAUGAAAAAAUCGGUUCAGCGUUCAAAUUGAUUACAACAUCGACUAAAUAAAAUUAUUGAAUUAUUAUUAAAAAUUAAACAGACGUUAUCAAUCAAAAUCGAUUGUUCCCUAACCUCAUCUUUGCUACAGAAUUAUCUAGAUAUUUUAUGGAAAAUGGACGUUGCUACUCCAACUCCUCAAGAUCUACAGAGGAAAUUAUAUUUCCUGGUAGAGCAACUUCAGCAUAUGGCUGGUGAACUUCCGCCUAAAUAUCAAAUGAGGCUUCCAUAUGAACUACUAUCUGGAUUAGCCAACUCUCUAUUAAAUGAUACGAUAUUUGAGAUUGUUAAAGGCUUAAUGGAAAUUCAGCAUGUUACAGAAAAGCAUCUUUUCCAACAACGUCUUCAGUUACUAAAUCAGCAGAAGAUUGAAACGCAGGAGACAAUAACGUCUACUUCCACAGAUGAGGAGAGGAUAGCAAUAAAAACAGCAUUGCAUAAAAAACAUAAAGACGAAUUGAAGCAAUUAGACAUGAAGUUAGUUCUACAACUGGAUCAAAAAGUAGCAGACCAGCAGAGCAUUUUAGAAAAGGCUGGUGUACCUGGAUUUUAUGUUACAAACAAUCCUAUUGAAAUUCAAGUACAAAUGAGAUUGUGUGAUUUUAUAAUCAGACUUAGCAAAAUGGAAGUUCCUAGUUGACACAAUGAUAAUUGAUGCCAAUAAUAUACAUACCUACCAGUAUUUUUCAAUAAACUUAAGCUGUAAUGGUGUCAUUAUCGCUAUUUAUUUGCAUUUAAUAAAAAUUGUACAUUCAAUUUAUAAUAUAGCUUCCCAUACAAAUGA